UAGCAUUCAACUCUCAUAGAGUCAUAUCUCUUUCAGUAUUCACGUUCAUCUCUGCCGCCUGCCACAACCACCGAAAAUGGGAAGAGCACCUUGCUGUUCAAAGGUCGGUUUGCACCGAGGUUCAUGGUCCUCCGAAGAGGACAAGCUUCUUAUCAACCACAUUCAAACUCAUGGCGAAGGCCAAUGGCGAGCAUUACCUUCAAAAGCUGGGUUGCUUAGAUGCGGGAAGAGUUGCAGAUUGAGAUGGAUGAACUAUCUACGGCCAGGUAUCAAGAGAGGAAACUUCACUUCCGAUGAGAAUGACGUCAUUAUCCGGCUGCACUCUCUCCACGGCAACCGGUGGUCACUCAUCGCAACGGAGCUCCAUGGUAGAACCGACAAUGAGAUCAAGAACCACUGGAACGCUCACCUCCGGAAGACAGUUGAAAACGCCGGCCACCACCAGCCAAAACUGUCGAAAAACAAGAAGAAGGUAAAGAAGAUGAGAAAAUCGGCCGAUCGGGAAGCAGAAACAACGAACAAAGGAAAGUCGAAGAAAGUCAAACUUGAUCGAUCUCCUUCUUCCACCUCGUCUUCAUCUUCUGUGUCGUUGAGCAAGAACGAAUGUUCUGAUAAUGGGAUGAUGAGUGGGGCAUCAUCGAGUUGUACGAUUGACCUUGGAGAUGUUGACUUUGACUUUUCAUGGUCAAAUUGGACACCAUUGUUGGAGGUGGAAGGUACAAGCACCAUGAACUGUCAACAAGAUCAGGAUUUUCUAACGGACGGCUGUGAUUUAUUUAUGUCCAAAGCCGAUGAAAGGUUGAUGCUGGAGAAGCUUUAUCAUGAAUACCUAAAUCUACUUGAUCAAGAAAAUGAAGAAGUACUAAGUACUAAUCAAAUAAAGUAGUAUUGAGUUUUCCUUAGUGUAU